AUGUCCGCUCGCAAGCUGCGACCUUACUUUCAAUCACACACAAUCGUGGUGAUGACCUCGCAACCAUUGCGAACUAUGCUACAUAGUCCAAGUCAAUCUGGACGACUAGCUAAAUGGGCUAUCGAGCUCAGCGAAUACGACAUCGAAUAUCGAACUAGAACCUGUGCUAAAGCCCAGGUACUAGCUGAUUUCAUGAUCGAGCUGGCACCGGAAGCCAAUAACGAUGAUACCACCCUCUCUAAAGUUUGGACACUCUUCGUAGAUGGAGCCUCGUCCAAACAAGGAGCUGGCGUCGGAAUCAAACUCACAUCUCCAACCGGAGAAGUGAUCGAACAAUCGUUCAGACUCGGAUUCGUCGCCUCUAACAAUGAGGCCGAAUACGAGGCACUCAUAGCCGGACUCCGACUCGCAAUCGGGAUCGGCGUGAAUGAGAUCAACGCAUUCAGCGACUCCCAGCUCGUUACUAGCCAAUACAGCGGCGAAUACGAAGCAAAAGAGGAGCGCAUGGAAGCUUAUCUCAAAGUAGUUCGAGAUUUAGCUGGACAAUUCAGUAAAUUCGAACUAACUAGGGUGCCUAGGGGUGAGAGAGAGAGUGAUAUUGCUUCUUAA